AUGAAUCGUAAUAGCCCAAAGCUUACUUUAGUGUCAAUGGAAGGAGAGAAGUAUUAAGUAGAUAUGAUGAUCACAGAUAUGAGUGGAUUGAUAAGAGACAUGAUUGAAGACAAUGCCUCGUAUGAUGAGGAUAUUGAACUCAGAAAUAUUGAAGGAAGCUACCUACAGGACAUCAUCCAAUAUUGUGAGCAUUAUAACUUUGAGAAAUAAGUAGAUAUCCCUCGUCCUCUUCCCUCUAGUAAUCUAGCACAGGAACUUAAAGACUAAUUCGAAGUCUAAUUCAUCUAGAAGUACGAUCUAGAUGGCACUAUUAAGAUGAUAGAGUACAGUAACUUCUUAAACAUUCCUGCAAUCUUUGAACUGGCAUGUGCAUCUGUAGCUUCUUUAUUUAAGGGCAAGAGUUUUGAACAAGUGAAAAAGGACUUUGGACUAGAAGAUGAGGUUUAUACACCAGAGGAAGAAGAGGCACUCAAGCUUAGAUUUCCUUGGAUAACAAGUGAGUUUCAGAAUAUAGUAAAAAGACUAGAAGGUAACCCUCCUCCAAUCAAUAGACAAUGA